AGCGCGGGCGGAGAUUCUCGAGCGAAGUCGAAGGCGGUGUCGGAGGUCGCCUCAGAGCGCCGAAGCCCCCUCCGGAAGUUUCCGAACGCCCCCGAAGCUCCGGGGAGGGCAGGCAGCGGCGCCACACAAGAUGGCGGACGGGGAGGAGGUUACUCUGGACGGGAGGCCGCUCCAGGCGUUGAGGGUCGCCGACCUGAAGGCGGCUCUGGAGCAGCGCGGCCUGGCGAAGAGCGGGCAGAAGAGCGCGUUGAUCAAGCGCCUCCGCGGGGCCCUGAUGCUCGAAAACCUCCAGAAGCACUCAACCCCUCACACCACCUUCCAACCCAAUUCCCAGAUUGGCGAGGAGAUGAGUCAAAACAGCUUCAUCAAACAGUACCUGGAGAAGCAGCAGGAGUUGCUGAGGCAACGUCUGGAACGGGAAGCACGGGAAGCUGCGGAUUCAGAGAGCAAAAGCUGCAUUGUGUCACGGGAGAGGGAAGAAUCUGAUGAAGAAGGGCCCAGAAGACCGGAGCAGCACCCGACCCGGGUCAGGCAGGCCAGAGCUGUAAAGACCCCGGGAGCCGCCCAUGCCCCAAGCAGCGAAGAGCGAGAGACGCCUCUCAGGAGUCGGAGGGCAGCCCAGAGGGCUCCUGUGAAAGAGGAGGAGGAAGAGGAGGAUGAGGACGACGAAGAGGACGACGACGAGGACGACGAGGAGGAGGAAGAAGAAGCUGCCGCGUUGCCAGCCAAACAGACGCCGAAGGGGCAGGCUGAGCCCGGCGCCCCAGCUCCCCUGGAGAAGGGCGCAUGCCAGCCUUCCCUGCCCAUUGCCCCACAGGCCCAGCCAAAAGAGGCCACGGCCCAAACCCCGGACGCCCCAGUUUGCGGAGCGGCCGUGCCACUUCUCCCACCCUCAAAGGGCCUAGCAGAGGCUGAACCCGCAGCCCCAGAGUGCGGGGAAGAGCAGCCAGCAACUGUGACGCAGGAGGGGCCCCAGGAGGAAAAGAGGGGCCCUGAGAUGCCAGGGCCUCCAGAAGAGGCAGAGCCUGUCGAGGCCGCAGCCCAGCUACCCGAAGCCUUAAAGGCGGAGGUGGCCAAAGAAGCAGGGCCUUGCCCGGAGGAGAGAGGGCCGACUGCCCCCCGCGAGGCACAAGGGGAGCAGGGGGUGGGCCUGCGGGGGUGGGGGGCCCCUGCUGCCCCUCUGCAGCCCCAGCAGGUGGUGGCAGAGGAGAUCCAGAGAGAAGAGGAUCAGAAGGAAGCAGCCGAGGCCCUGAAGACUCUGGAGGAAGAGACAGCAGCUGCCGCCGCCGCCCUGGUCCAGGACUCCCCUUCCCCUCCGCAGCUGACGGAAGCACAACACACCCAACAGGACGAGGGGGGCGAGGAGCCCCCUCCCCCUCUCUUGACCAAGGAGGCCCCCGGGCCCAGCCCUCCAGAAGACGAAGAGGCCCCCCCUCAGCUCUCUCAGCCAUCUCCCCCCGCUCAGGAAGUCCCAGCCGCAGCCGCCAGCCCUGGCCCCCGGAGGAACGGCCCGGCCCCCCGCCAUCCCCCCUGCAGCGCCCGCGGGAAAGGCCCGCGGGCUCCAGCUCCUCCCGGUCUUCCUCCUCCGCGUCCAGCUCCUCCAGGUCCCGCUCUCGCGGCAGCUCGCAGCCUCGCUCCCGUGCCAGGAGGCCCCGCUCCGGCUCCUCCGAGUCGCCCGCCAGGAAGCGGCGGGCCUCGGGGUCCCCAUCCCGCUCUGGCUCCGAGCGGCACAGCAGCUCCUGCUCCAGGUCUCGCUCCAGGUCGCGGUCCCGGUCGCCUUCCAGCAGCGGCAGCAGCAGAAAGUCCCGUAGCCCUGAAGCCUCAAGGGACGGUAGCAGCUACCCCCACACCAAAGAGACCUCCCCGACAGGGGAGAGCCCCCCACGCCACAGCCCCCAGACCCAGCAAGAUGGGUUCAAGCCCAAGGGAAAAGCGAAGAAACACCCUUCCCCUGCCUUCGGAGCCCCAGAGACACCCCAGCCAUGGCCAGGAGCAGGAACAGCAGGAAGAGGAGGAGGAGAUGGAGAUGACAGUUCCAGAGCGAGGCAGCCCAGAGCCCCCCACUCCAAUGGAGGCCAGUGGCCUUGACACCGGGGUCCCUGCCUCGGAGCCGCACCGCCCGUCCGAACAGCGGCACAGCGAAAAUGAGGAGAAGCAAGAGGUGCCCAUGGAGCCGUCCGAGCCCCGACCAGAGAGCGAGGCCCCCGAGCCUGGCCCUGAAGAACACCCCUCCGCGGAGCCCCCCGGACCCGACCCGGGCCCCGAAGACGAGGAGAAGAAAGAGGGUUCAACUCAGCCCAAGGCCUUCAAGAGGAAGAUAUCUGUUGUCUCGUCAUCGGUGGCCAAGGGCACAGCGGCAGCGACAAACAGUGACACAGAGGGAAGCCAGCCGGGAGGCCGGAAGCGGCGCUGGGGGGCCAGCACAGCCGCCACGCAGAAGAAACCUUCCAUCAGCAUCACCACAGAGUCCCUCAAGAGCCUGAUCCCUGAGAUCAAGCCCCCGACGGGAGGGCAGGAGGCAGUGGUGGACCUGCACGCCGACGACUCGCGCAUCUCCGAAGAUGAGGCCGAGCGGCACCCGGAGGAGCCCCCCCACGAGAAAGCCCUCAAGAUCUGCCGCACCGUCACGCAGGUGGUGCCGGCUGAAGGCCAAGAGAACGGCCAGGGAGAGGAGGAGGAAGAGGAGGAGAAGGCGCACGAGGAAGAGCCGCCCGAGGCCCCUCCCGCCGUCGCCGUAGAGGCAGUCGUGCUGCCACCACCCGUGGAGCACGAAGUGAAGAAAGUUACGCUGAGCGACACUCUGACGCGGCGCUCCAUCAGCCAGCAGCGCUCCGGCGUCUCCAUCACCAUCGACGACCCUGUCCGCACAGCCCAGGUCCCCUCUCCGCCCCGCGGCAAGGUCAGCAGCAUCGUCCACAUCUGCAACCUGGUGAGACCCUUCACUCUCGGGCAGCUGAAGGAGCUGCUGGGCCGGACAGGCACCCUCGUGGAGGAAGCCUUCUGGAUCGACAAGAUCAAGUCCCACUGCUACGUCACGUAUUCAACAGUGGAAGAAGCGGUAGCAACUCGCAACGCCCUCCAUGGUGUCAAGUGGCCACAAUCAAAUCCCAAAUUUUUAUCAGCAGACUUUGCAGAGCAAGAUGAGCUGGAUUUCCACCGGGGCCUGCUGGCCGAGCGUCCCGCAGAAGCCAAGGCGGACGGCUCUCGCUCUCCCCGGGGUGGGCCUGGGCAUGCGGGGGAGCGCGAGAUGUCGCGGCGCUCGGAGGCACGAGAGCGGGAGGCGGUGGUCCGGGAGCAGUGGGCCGAGAGGGAGAGAGAGAUGGAGCGCCGGGAGAGGACGAGGGCCGAGCGGGAGUGGGACCGGGACAAGGUGCGCGAGGGGCCCCGCUCUCGGUCCCGAUCCCGGGAGAGACGCCGCAAGGAGCGCCCCAAGUCUAAGGAGAAGAAAGCCGAGAAGAAGGAAAAGGCCCAGGAAGAGCCCCCCGCUAAACUGCUGGACGACCUUUUCCGCAAAACCAAGGCAGCCCCCUGCAUUUACUGGCUUCCUUUGACAGACACCCAGUACGUUCAGAAGCAGGCCGAGCGGGCGGCCAGGGCCCGGGAGCGAGAGCGCCGGCGCAAGGAGCAGGAGGCGGAGGAAGCCCGCCAGCGGGAGCGCAGCCGCCAAGCCGAGCGGGAGAAGAGGCGGGAGCACAGCCGGGAGCGCGAACGGGAGCGCCCCAACGCCACAGGAGGCGGGGCCAGCAGGGGGGGCGAGCGGAGUGGCCGGGACCGCGAGCGGCGCGAGGCAAAGGCCCGCCAUAGUCGGAGCCGGAGUCGCAGCACGCCUGCACAGGACAGGGGGGGGCGCCGCUGACCUAUUCCAACUUCUUUACUUUGACCUUCUGCGGGGAGGGAGGGGGAGCGGUGGCGGCACUUCCUUCCCCCGCCCCCUACCCCAAAUCUAGCCCUGGUUUUUUGGGAGAGGACUGGGACAGCCAGGGAUUGGGCUCCCCCUUUUCCAGCAGCUCUUGCGAGGAGGGAGGGGCGUGCUCGGCGGAUGUCAUGGCUGCGGCAGGCAGGAGGGGCCUUCCUCCUCGGAAAGUGGGGCAGUUUUUAUCCCCAGCCCUCCCGCUCCCCUCUUCUCCCGGGGCCAGUUCCCUCCCCGUUCAUUUGUAUUUUAUUUUGGGGAAAUUUUUUUUUUUAUUAUUCUGAUGAAUACAGGAAAAGAGAACAUAAUAAAGAGAUGGCGUUAGUUUUA